UAGAAAACAGAAACAGCGUAUAUCACACUAGUACCCCUUCUCUCCUCCCCCAAAAACCUCUCAAAAUUCUACUACUACUCAAAGCCCAAAAACCAAACCAAAAUGGAGGAUCGCGAUCAUCAACAAGUCGCCCAGUUCGCCCGCCACGUGGCGCCUCCGGCGUACAGAGGAGUCCGGAAGCGGAAGUGGGGGAAAUGGGUGUCGGAGAUCCGGGAGCCGGGGAAGAAGACCCGAAUAUGGCUCGGCAGCUACGAGACCCCGGAGAUGGCGGCGGCGGCGUACGACGUGGCGGCGCUUCACCUGAGGGGCCGCGGCGCCAGGCUCAACUUCCCGGAGCUAUCCGACAGCCUGCCGAGGCCGGCGAGCUCGUGCGGAGAGGACGUCCAGAUGGCGGCCCAGCAGGCCGCAUUGCUGUUGAAGUCGUCGAGGCCGUCACCGCCGCCUUCGGAGGCCGCGGCGCCGAACGACAAGUCGUCGGAUAGUGGAGGCGCCGUUAAGAGCUGCUCGGUGCCGGUGACGGUGGGGCUGUCGGCGAGCCAGAUUCAGGCGAUAAACGAGUCGCCGCUCGACUCGCCCAAGAUGUGGAUGCAAAUGGCGGAGGCUUUGCUUUUCGCCGACCACCAUUACAAUCACUACUGCUAUGCGACGUCGUCUCUAAUUUUUAACGACGACGACGACGUCAUCAAGUUCUCCGAGUUUGAGGAGAUACAACACAAUUCCAUUUGGGACAACUAGGCUGUUUAAAUAGGGAAGAAGAUCGGCA